AUGCCAAAUUGGACUGCUUUAAUUGUAUUUAGUUAUUUGCUUCCUGCUUCUAUUAGUGUUCUCUUUAUUAUAGGAAUGGCAGCACGAUUCUAUGAUUUGAGAUCCAAUAUUCAAGCUGAACCACUCCCUUUUAAUUAUUCAAUCAUUUUGCGGAUUACACUAUUAACUUUAGAUAUUAGUAAAUUUAUUAACUACUCAGAGCUGCUGAAUUCGUUGAAUUUAUUCUAAUGAUAAUCUAAGAUGAAGAUAAAAAUUAUUACAUCUCUGGAGUACUCUUUGUAAAUAUAUCAGCUAUUAUCAUGCAAAUUAUUUUAAUGGUAUGAUUCUAUUUAAUUUUAGACAUAUGAAUACAAGAAAUAGGUACCUAUGUUCUUUGCACAUAAAAUAUAUUGGGUCUUAAAUUGGUUAUUUUUAAGUAUCACACUUACAUUACUCAUUUUCUAUGUAUUAAUUUUUAUGUGAAUUUUUAUAGAAUGGGAAAAUAUUUGAAUAUACUUUACUUGUGUUUCGAGUUCUUGAUUAUACUAUCCUUAUCAUCUUCACUCUCUUCAUUAGACGAUAAGAUCUAGCAGAAUUUGAAGCCUUAGGUUUUUGGAGGAGCGAAUUACCAAUGAUUGAUUUAUCAGAAUCACAAAGACCAAGAACUUCAACAGUCAAUAGUAUUCUAGAUACUUAAUUUAGAUUCUUAAAGUUCUUUUUUAUUAAAAAUAGAUGUCAAAAAAUAAUGGAACAUAGUAGAUGAUGAUAUUGAAAUUAAAUUAGAUGUGUAAUUAAUUUCUAAUUAUUUAAAAGUAUCAUCAUAGGAGCAGAUAAACAAUACAAAUUAAAAAAAAGGAUUUCUGAAAUCUUCUAUCAUCAUUAAUAAUAUGUAUUUGAGAAUAAUGAUUAUUUUGAACUGCAUUCUAAUGAUUUAUUAUAAGUCAAUUUCUUAAUAAAAUAGAUGUAAGAAAGUUAAGAUUUAAUGCUAAUAAAUUAAAUUUAAAAAUACUUUAACUUUAUUAUCAGUAAAUUAGAAUUAAUUACACCUUCAUUUGUUGAAUUUAUAUAAUUACAAAAUUCAGAAAGAAUGCUUAUUGAAGAAAUGAAAUUAGCUAAUCAUGCCUAAAAUCUACAUAAAUCAUCAAUGAUAGUUAGAAAGAAUUAACCAAAUAAGAAAUAUAAAUGGGAUAUCCAAUCAUAAUAUUUACCUUAUUUAGAUGUUCGAAUUACAGAAUUUCAAACAAUUAAAAAUCUUACAGAAACUUAUGUACAAUAUACAUUGAUGACAUAAUAUGAAGAUGAGACUCUUAUUGUUUAAAGAAGAUUUAAGGAAUUCUAUGAAUUUAGUGAACUAAUGAAAAAUAUUACUGAAAUUAAAUACUUUCCUCCUUUCCCUCAAAAAUCUUUAAUUAAGAUGUCAAAUGAAGAAAUAGAGGAAAGAAAAUAGGAUUUAGAAAUCUUUAUGAAAGUAUUAUUAAAUGAUCGUUAAUAUCAUGUUUCUGCUCUAUUUAAAUUUAUUGGAAUGUCUCAAUAUUUAGAAGAUUAAAUUAAAAAUUUAUAAGCUAGAGUAAUUAAAGAAAGUGAAUUGAUAAUUAAAUUACAUAUUAAAAAUACAGGAUUUGAAGAAGUUGUUGGAAAAGAUGGUGAAAAAUUCAUUAGAUAUUCAUUUAUGAUUGGUUCAGGAGAUUCAAAGCAUACAAUUUGGAAAAGAUUCAGUCAAUUUGAUGAACUUCAUAGUAUAUUAAAAUAGAGGUAAAGAAUUUAUAUAUUCUAUUUUUAGAUAUCCCUUAUUACCAUAAUUACCUUAUAAGACUACUGCAGCAUUAUAGUAGAUAAAUCCUAAUGUUAGAUGUGUAAAUCUAUAAUAAUAUUUGCUUGAUUUAAUAAAAGUACCUACUAUAGGUGAAAAUGGACAUUUGAGAUAGUUUUUAGAAGUUAGAAGAUUUGAAAAUAAUGUGAAUGAAUCAGGAUUUGAAGGAUCUUAUUCUUAAUUUGAUAACAUUUUGUAAAAAUUAGAUAAUAAUAAUAAAGAUAUAGAAUAAUUAGAAAAUAUGCACAAUAGAUUAUGGUAAUGA